AUGGCUGCUACUCAUUUUCAUCCACAUCUUAUUCUGGGCUUAAAGACGGGAGUAAAAGGAAAUGCCCAGUAUAUUAAGGGCAAUAAUGUAUUAUAUCCUGUUGGAGGAGUUCUCGCACUACAUAACUUCAAAGAGAAAGAACAAAGCUAUAUUCGAUUGGAAGAGAACGAGAAAGCUUUGACAAUGAUUCAUGUGAGCAUGGACAGAACGAUGGCAGCUAUUGUGUAUCAAACAGACGAACGUUAUAUUUCGGUGUAUGAUUUGACAACAUUGAAGCAAAAAAAAGUAAUCUGUGUUUCUCCUGACAUUCCUGGCAAGGAAAUUGUUGUUGCCUGUUUCACAUUUGAUUUAAAGUUCUUAAUGGUAAUUCUUGGCAAGCCUCAGUGGAUGCUACUGUGUUAUGAGUUACAAACGGGAGAUCUAAAGUCCUCAACACAAGCAAUUAAUGAAGAUGGAACAGGAGAAGUCUAUCAGGCUGCGCCCAACCCCAGCGACAACACAGUGAUUUGCGUUGUCGGUCCCGGCCUGUUCCGUCUCCUUAGCGUGCUGGACAACUCAUGGACGCAGUACGGAUACGCUAUGACCCAAUAUGUCCCAUUCACGUGCGCCUCUUGGGUCACGUUCGACCGUCUCGUCUGUGGGACGAAAGAUGGCAGACUAAUAAUAUUCGAAUCUGGAGAUCUGAAGUAUAUCUAUGACAUGGCGGAAACUAGUCUGAUUGACACGAAAAGUUUCGAGGAGUUGCCACCACUAACGCGUCCCGAAACUGAAACGGAAGAGGACGUUCGAAGUACUGAGAUCCGCGAGAUAGUCUCCGGUGCGAAAGGCUUUGCAUAUAAUUAUGGAGAAUCGGCUGUUCAUUUCUUCGAAAGACUGAGUGCUAAUGCCUACUCAAAAAGGAAUGUCUUUAACAUUCCUUGUCCUGAAAUCGCUGAGAGGGAACCUGGCAUUAACUGCAUUCAGAAUCUGAGUAUGAAUAAUGAUGGAGAUUAUCUCGUUGCAACUACCCGCUACUCACAGAUAUAUUCUGCAUUUUUAAUGGGACCCACUAUAGCACAACAACCAGAAAUUGAGUUCGAUCUAUUGGGAGAAAGUUUGCAUCAUGGAGAGAUAAAUGGACUUUCAACAUGUCGAUGGAAACCCAUUUUCAUAACGUGUGGCAAAGCUGAUCGCACCGUUCGAAUUUGGAACUACGAAGAACAGAAACUUACGAUGUCUGUGCAGUAUCAGGAAGAUGUAUACUGUGUUGCUCUGCACCCAACUGGACUGUAUGCUACUAUUGGAUUUUCUCAUAAGAUCCGAUAUGUAAAAGUGCUUAUUGAUGACCUAGAGUCUAUGAGAGCAUUCCCUAUUAGAAGCUGUGUUGAAUGUGCUUUUAGCUGUAAUGGUCAUUUAUUUGCUGCUGUCAAUGGAAAUAUAAUACAAAUAUAUUCUUGCAUAACAUUUCAGAAUGUUUAUACUCUGAAAGGACAUAAUGGGAAGAUUCGCUCACUUGCUUGGAUUGAGUCUGACGACAAACUUGUUUCUUGUGGAACUGAAGGUGCUGUUUAUGAAUGGUAUAUUCCUUCAACCCGGAGAGUAGGUGAAACAAUAAUAAAGAGCUGUGUUUUCUCUGGGAUAACAGUCUUUUCAUAUGGAGGUUCUCUGUUUGCUGUUGGAAGUGAUGGAAAACUGAGGGAAAUAAGUGAUUCUGAGGUCAUAAAUGAAGUGGACAUUUGUGAACAACUUGAUUGCAUUACUAUCACACAUGAUAACUCAGUUUUAUUCAUAAGUACUUCAUCUGGCACUAUUUUCUCCUAUCCAUUGCCACUAACUGAGACACCUCAUCCCAGGAAACAGGCAAUUCACAACCACUCAAUUACACGUAUGUGCAUUACUGAGAAUAACGAGUUACUGAUCACCUGCUCUACAGAUGGAAUGCUCUGCUUAUGGUCAAUUGCUCCACCCCGUAGAAAGAAAUCAGCUGCAAUGCUAAGUACUUUAUAUUUUGAAUACAUACUUGUGAAUAAAGGACAUCUGGAAGAACUGACAAACUCUAUUGCAGAAUUAAAUCAGAGAAUUGGGGUACUUGAAAAAGAAUAUGACUAUCAAACACAACAGAAUGAAGCAAAGUUUACUGAAGAAUUGAAGGAGAUAGUCAGUAGUUACCAAGAGUUCAUGGAAAAUAUGAGAGAACAGUCAGAGAGAGUGGCAACAGAUCAUGCUCAGGAGCUGAUGAGCUUCAAGGAUGAUAUUGCGAAGAAGAAGUCAUACUAUGAAAUAGAAGUACAGAAUUUUGAACUGAAUUUUGAGGCCAAAUUAAUAGAAAAAUAUAACAAAUAUCAGGCCCAAGAAGACAAAAUGGCAAGGACAAAGGCUAAAUAUGAGAAGUACUCUCUCACAUUGUAA